AGUUAAUAUAAGUUGCAUGUUAUUUGUAAUUAGCUAGAAAUCUUUGUGAAAAGUAACAUUUGCAUUUACUUGUGCUACAGCAUCUUUCGAAUUGCUAGUAAUAUUUGAGGUAAGGAAAAAAAAUUCAUGUAUAUCAAUGUCAUCCAUAAAAUGUAAUCUGAAUAAGGUCUCCCCUGACUCAUUUUUGCCUUGAGAGAGUGGAUUAUUAAGUACUUCAAUCCACCAGAAUAAGACAUAUCUCUACAUUCUAGCAAUUUAAUAUAAUACAAUAAGCCAUCCUUCUUCAGACAGUUGUGUAUGUGGGUAUUCAUGCUUUGUUGAUUUUGUUGGAAAACAUGCUAGGUGUGCUGUACCUGUAUUUCAUCUAUUGAACACAUGCCAUGUUAUUUUUUUAGCAUUGAUACAAUGGGGAAAAAACAGCAUGAUACAAAGUCCAAUGAAAAUGCAGACCAGUGGUUGACAACAAGAAAUAAAAGCAAGACAACACUUCUACCAAAGCGACGUGGAUGCUGCUCACUUGUAAAGAAGUUAUCCCCAGGAAGGGUAAUUAUAUCCCCUUUACAAAAUGUAGAGAGGAAAAGCAAAAUAAGGCAAACAUCUUUAAUGGAUUUCUUCACUGCACCUCAUCUGAAUGUUUUGAAACCUCUUUCAGCAGCAGAUGUAACACACUCUGACACAGAAAUUUCAAAUAUCCACGAAGAAACGACAGACAACGCAUGCCCCUUCUCACUCUUGUCCGAAGAAUUCAUUGACCAGCCAUCAACACCUUUGACAUCACAGAAAGGAUCUGCAGGAUCAUCUAUAGGUACACACACAGUUCACAUGAAAAUUAAUCCAGAUAAUGAAAAAUCUGAAUUGAUUAGUCAUGUGUUAGAUGCUCGCUGUUUCCCAACAGACUGCUACACAUUACCUUCUGAGGAGUCUUCUGUAGAGGACAAAGAAAUGUUAAGGAAAGAUGUGCACAGCAUAAAGGAGAAGAAAAUCUGUAGUCAAGUGUUGAUGGAUUGUUGCACACAGAAAACUGACCUUUUCGACAUGGACUCCCUUUGCACCCCUUUCUUUCUGGAGCAAUCCCAGGAUGACUCUAUAGAACACUCGGAGGAAGUUGUCAGGUUUCUUUCAAAGCAUCAGGGGAAAUUGUCUACAACUGAAGAAUGUAAAGCCAAAGAUUUUGAAUAUUCAGACCUAAACCUUGGACAUUGUUCUGAAAUGUUCACUAGGAUGUAUGGUGGGGAGAACAAAGAGGAGUUUUUGGAAGAAUCCAUCCCAGUCAGAGGUUCUUUGUCUGGAAGUCAGAGUGAUGACCACAGGUUGGUCUCAUCUGAUGACACUGUUGAAAUGGGUGAAAAACUAAACUCUUCAGUAGUGUUUGAUGAUCUUCAGACACCUGAUUUCUUAAGAGAUAUCCAUUCUAGCUUAGAUUCUAACUUUGAGUGAUGGUUUCUGAUAUUUUAAAAGUCAGCAACAGAGAUUUUUUAAUUCAAACUGUACAAACAAAACGGUGCAAUUGAGCUGUUGCUAUGAAGUCAUUUGCAUCUGUAAGUGUGUACUGUAUAGGAAGAGUUAAGGAAAAACAGAAGUUAAAGUAUAUUGGAAAAGAAAUUUAGCAUGUUUUAUGAUGUGAUAACCAAUACCAGACUGAAAACAAUGUUUACCUUAUUACGUCUUUACCUUUUAAAGUUUCUUCUCAAGUCUAUUACAAGUUCAGGUAUGGCAUUCUCAUAUUACUCUCAGCUCUUGUUCUUGUUAUUUGGUUCCUUUUUGUGUUUUCUGUAUUUGAUUUUAUUCUUCGUUUAGUACGGUUGUUUAUUCUUUUAAGGUUCAUGCGUUAUUUGUUUUCCUGUCCCUCGUAUGCUGUCCAUGUUUCAUUCUUGUUUUUAAGCGCUAAGAGCAUGCUCCUUAGCAGUGUGAGUAUAUGCUUGACAAAUUUUGCAAUUAUGAUGAUGAUGAUUAUUAUUAUUCAACACAUAGUAACACUCCCUGAAUAAAAUAUUGAGGGAAAGGAAAUUAAUGUUUUCUAUUUUUUUCAUCAUUCUAAUGUCCUUGUAUAUAAUGUAUGUGGAUAGAGGUUACUGCUGGCAGUGUUGGGAGGGUGCACUUGGUUUACAGAAAAUGUAAGACUGGCUAAUGUUUUGAAUUAGUAAUUACUGGACCAACUGCAUUUUAUUUCCAGACUGAAGCAGGUCACUGCUCUUAUCUUGGGGAGAUAAACCUUUCUGUAAAACGCCAACUCAUGCUCAAAUAGUUGCGUCCCUUCGACCGUCUGUAUCGUUCAGAAGCGCAAUAGCAUCAAAUGUCUUAGGAAACAAGAGCAAGAAAACGUUUGAAGCAAAUACGCUCAAUGAGGCUUCACAUAGUCCGGUCAGUUUGGCUAUCCCAGCAGUACAGGUGUACCUUAUUUAUUAGGAAAGGUCAAAGGCCGCAUUCAACACGCUGUACCUUAGACACAGUGAGCCAUUCCUAGUUCAACAUUUUUACAGUCAUCACUGUAACAGAUCUAUUACCUGUUUCUGCAAACACAUUAAAAUAUAUAUUGUCGAUCCUAGUGAAUAAACACUGGCAUGAUACUAAAACUGUUCAACUUAAAUACUUGGUGUAAAACUAAUGUUUAACCAACGUUACUUUCGGAAAGGGAGUUGAGGGCAUUUUGGAAUGAUCCACCUGCGGUAAAUAUCCAAUCAUCAACUAGAUUCUGCGUUUCACUCCUUGAUCUGCUGUUCAGGAACAUGGGAAGUUCUCCAUGUUAGCACCAAAACCCCUCCCCCCACCAAAAAAAACCCAAAAAACCUCACCAAUAGAACAGACUCACUCAUUGAAAUUGAUGGAUGGAAUAGAACUAAUCAGCCUGCCAGAGGGAAAAUCAAAGCUAUUAAGAUGUGUUUGUCGGUUCGUGUACUUGUUAAAUGAUAGCUGUUAACGUGCCCCUUGUCCUUUCUACCUCUGCUUCGGUCUGUCGACUUCAUCUUUGGUUGCUUAUGGGAUGUGGCAGCACACGCCAGCUGUUGCCCUCGUCCGACAGCAAACGAGAGGCGCGCGAGGAAGGCGUGGCUCACCGGCCGCCUACCUUUCGUCUUUGCAAAGACAAAUCGCGAGAACGAACAAUGAAGUCCGUUUUUGUUUGUCCUUUUUACGGUGGGAGGGGCCUGCCAAAUUCUUGUCCUUUUUUAAGUUUAUGUUGCAGGAAAUGGAAAACUUCCCUUUCUCGCUAGAAUCGGAAUGGCUGAAAUGAGGCCGUCUAUGUAGCUUCCGAAAUAUUAGUUGACUGAUGGAUAUUUUAAACAAAAACAAGUCUAAUAUGUAGACAUGUGGAUGGAUUAAGCAAACCAAAUAUUUAAAAAUUUCAUUAACAAAAUUAAGAAUCGCUGAAUGUGUGAACGGUGGACAAGCAG